AUGCUUGCUGGUCCACCACCAACGUAUAAUACGGGUUCCAUCCCUCCAACAAUGCAUCAGCCACCAUCUCAAAUGCAUGGAAAUCAAUACCAACCACCUAUUUUACCACCUAAUUUUCAGCCAAAUCAACAACAGUUUCCUCCUCAAACAUCAAUGAUGAACAAUGGAAUGAGUCAACCAUCAGUACAACAUCCAUAUUUAAAUCAAGGACCAUCACCUUCUACGCAACCUGAUAUUUCUACGCCACCAAUAAUGAAUUCUCAAUUUCAAGGUACACAACCUCCUCUUCAUAAUCAUCCACCAUCAAAUAUAAAUGGUGCAUCAUCAUAUAAACAAAAUCAAUAUCCUAAUGGUCCACCAUCAGUACCACAUCCAUAUACAAAUUCAGGAUUACCAUCAUCUAAUAAUUUUGGUCCUCCUACAACAGGAACAAAUCCUCAUUUGCAAGGUUCACAACCUCCUCCUCAUAAUCCGCUACCACCAAAUAUGAAUGGUGCACCAUCGUAUACACCAAGUCCAUAUCCUAAUGGUCCACCAUCUUCAUUUCCAUCAGGUGUUCACCCACCAGCUUAUUAUCCUAAUAUGCCAGGUCCACCAUCCAUGCCUGGUAGUCAGCCUAAUGGAAUUAGUUCAUAUCCUGGUCAACCACCAUCUAUGCCUGGUAGUCAACCUAAUGGAAUUAGUUCAUAUCCUGGCCAACCGCCAUCCAGUGGACCAGGACAACAAUCAUUUCCACAAUCACGUAUAGAUGCCGAUAUGGUACCCAAUGUUAUUCAAGUAGUUGAACAAUGUCAAGAAAAAAUUCAAGAACCAUUCAUAACAAAUGCUCCUGGCUUAUUACCACCAAUAGUAGGAACAAAUUUCAUUUGUCAAGAUCAAGGUAGUUGUAAUCCACGAUUUAUGCGUUCAACGACAUAUGCAAUGCCAAAUGCAGCUGAUAUGGUUAAACAAUCUAAUAUACCUAUUGCUCUAUCUAUAUCUCCAUUAGCAAAACUUCGACAAGAUGAACUUGAGCCACCUAUGUCUAAUUUUGGUAAAAUAGGUCCAGUACGAUGUCAUCGCUGUAAAGCAUAUAUGUGUUCAUUUAUGCAAUUCAUUGAUGGUGGAAAACGUUUUAUUUGUUGUUUUUGUGAAGCAGCAACAGAUGUGCCUCAAGAAUAUUUUAAUCAUCUCGAUCAUAGUGGCCGUCGAAUGGACUGGUAUCAAAGACCUGAACUUUGUCUUGGUUCAUAUGAAAUUGUAGCAACUAAACAAUAUUGUAAAGAUGAAAAAUGGCCUGAACCACCAGCAUUCAUAUUUAUGAUUGAUGUAUCUUAUAAUAGUGUUCGUAGUGGCCUUGUUAAUUAUAUUUGUCACAUUUUAAAAACUGAUCUUCUUGAUUAUUUACCAAAAGAUAAAAAUGGUGAAACAUCUACAGUACGAAUUGGCUUUGCAACAUUUGAUAAACAAAUACAAUUUUACAAUAUUAAAACUUCACUUGGACAACCACAAAUGAUGGUAGUCUCUGAUCUUGAAGAGAUAUUUGUACCUUUACUUGAGGGCUUUCUUUGUUCACCACAAGAUUCACGUGGAGUGAUUAACAGUUUACUUGAUCAAAUUCCACAAACAUUUGCAAAUUCACAAGAAACAGAAACAAUCUUAGCACCAGUUAUUCAAGCUGGCAUUCAAGCAUUAAAAGGAGCCAAUUGUUCUGGUAAAAUCUAUGUAUUUUCUACAACAAUGCCAAUCGCUAUGGCUCCAGGAAAAUUAUCAAAUCGAGAAGAUAAGAAAGCACUUGGUACUGAAAAAGAAAAGACACUUCUAUCACCCGUUAAUAAUAUUUAUACUAAACUUGGCGAAGAAUGUGCUCAGAAUGGUUGUGCUGUUGAUCUAUUUGUUUUUCCGAAUAAUUAUUAUGAUCUUGCAACGAUUGGUGAAGUUUGUCGUAUAUCUGGUGGAGAAAUUUAUAAAUUUAAUUAUUUUUCAAUUGAGAAUGAUGGUGAACGUUUAUUAGAUGAACUUAAACGUAAUUUUCAACGAACUACUGCUUUUGAUGCAUUAAUGCGUGUACGAACAAGUACAGGAAUUGGCCCAAUUGAUUUUCUUGGUAAUUUUUAUAUGACAAAUGCAACUGAGAUGAUAUUUGGUACAAUUGAUUCUGAUAAAUCAGUAUCUGUUGAAUUAAAACAUGAGGAUAAAUUACCUGCAGACGGUAAUACUUAUACUCAAGUUGCUUUGCUUUACACAAGUAUAUCUGGUCAACGUCGUUUAAGAAUAAUAACAUUAGCAUUAACAGUUACAUCAUCAUAUACAACACUUUAUCCAGCUUGUGAUCUUGAUACAAUUAUGAAUUAUAUAACAAAAGUUGCUAUGCGUUCAGUAUUAAUGUCAACUCCAAAAAGUAUACGAGAUAGUAUAAUAACACAAGCUGCAAAUAUGCUUGCAUGUUAUCGAAAACAUUGUGCACAAGCCACAACAGCUGGACAAUUAAUUUUACCUGAAACAUUAAAAUUAUUACCUGUUUAUGUAGCUUCAUUACUUAAAUCGGAUGCAUUAACAGGAACUCUGACAUUAACUACUGAUGAUCGAAGUUGGUUAAUUCAUCGAUUAAUGUCAAUGAAUAUUAAAGGAACAUCUGCAUAUAUAUAUCCAAGAAUUUAUCCAUUGCAUACUUUGGAAGAAAAUUCUAUUCCAUCAUCAAUGAUUCGAUGUUUAUAUGAACGUUUUGCUGAUACAGGCGCUUAUGUUAUUGAGAAUGGUCUUGUUAUGUAUAUUUGGCUUGGUAGUCAACUUGAUCCUACAUUUGUGCAAUAUGUCUUUGGUCUUCCAUCAGCAUCUCAUAUUCAACCAGAAAAAUGUCGCGCUGUUGAACUUGAUAAUCCUUUAUCAAAAAAUGUUCGAACAUUAUUAAAUAUGAUUCGUGAUGAACGAAAUUCUUAUAUGAAACUUUUUGUUAUUCAACAACGUGAUCCACUUGAAUCAUUUUUCAAAAAUUAUCUCGUCGAAGAUAAAGGUUUUACAGGUGGUGCAUCUUAUGUUGAUUUUCUUUACCAUUUACAUCGAGAAAUUCGCAAUAUUCUUCAAUGA